AUGGACACCCUUCUGACCGCAGACUUGGCGGCCAACUCGCCCAAUUUCCGCCGUCGAUCGAGCACCUAUGUCGACGCCAUUCACGACCUGCCGGAGAAAGAAUCCAUGGCGCCCGCUCAACUCUACUCAACGGAGUCUGGACGUCUCUUCCACUCAGGUCGGAUCGUGAUCGCCACGGUCGGCCUCCCAGCCAGAGGCAAAACUCACAUCAGUGUUGCACUAGCCCGCUACCUCCGCUGGCUCGGUGUGAAGACGCACAUCUUCCAUCUCGGAGACUAUCGCAGGUCGUACGUGGGGCAACAGGGUGACGUGCCGGAAGACUACUUUCACGUGAACGCCACAACGCCCACCGUGCUCAUGCGCAACAAGAUCUUGAAGAAGUGUAGGGAGGAUAUCCUCCACUUUCUGGACGCCGAGAACGGCCAGAUUGCAAUCUACGAUGCUGUGAAUCCGCUCAGCUCGGGCAGGAGGGCACUCGCCAAGGAGUUCGAGAAGCACAAUGUGCAGACGCUGUUCAUCGAGAGUCAUUGCACGGAUGAGCGGAUCAUCGAGGAGAACGUAAGAUCCGUCAAAAUCAGCUCACCAGACUACAUUGGGUGGAAGCCAGAAGACGCCGUGCAAGACUAUCUCAAGCGCAUCAACGCUCGGAUACCGCACUAUGAAUCGAUGGAGGAGAAUGAGCUCCACUACGUCAAGAUGCUGAACGCCGGUCAGCGCGUGGUUAGUAACAACUGCGCUUUCGGCUAUCUCUCACAGCGGAUCGUCUUUUAUCUGCUCAACCUUCACAUCAAGAGCAGGCAGAUCUACUUCUGUCGUGCUGGGACCACCAAGGACGAGGACAGCUACAAAGCAGACGCCAGUCUUAGUACGGAAGGCGAGGACUAUGCGAGCAAGAUGACCGAGACGUUGAUCUCACAUCGCGAGUCUGAACGGCAGAAUCUGAUCGCUCAUGGUGCACCAGAGACUACCGCUCUCAAGCCUUUGACGAUCUGGACGAGCACGAGGAGGCGCACUGUGGAAACUUCGGCAUAUUUCGAAGGGAAGGGGUAUAGGGUGAGGCAGCGCAGUCAGAUGAGCCAGUUGAACCCAGGGGUGUGCGAGAAGAUGAGCGAGAAGAAGAUCAGGCAGAACUUUCCUGAGGAGGUGGCGAAGCAUGAGCAGGAUCCGUACCAUCACCGCUACCCCCGCGCAGAGUCCUACCACGACCUAGCAGUCCGCCUCGAACCCAUCAUCCUCGAGCUCGAGCGCGAGAACAACGACCUCCUCAUCAUCGCCCACGAAUCCGUCCUGCGCGUCCUCUACGGCUACCUCAUGGCCUGCUCCGCCGGCGACAUCCCCUCCCUCCAAUUCCCCCGCGACGAAGUCAUCGAGAUCAUCCCGGCCUCCUACAACAACUCCGCCAAGCGCAUCCACAUCCCCGACCUCCCGCAGAAGCUCAUCCCGGGCAGUCCGGAGGACAUCAAGAUGCCGGUGCCGCCUUCCGGGGCCACGAGUCCUUUCUCCGGCAUCGGGACGCCGGCGGGGACGCAGACGCCGGAGGCUGGGGCGGAGGGGAGUGGGGGGUUGCCUAUCCGGAAGGCGGCGGUUACUUCGAACCCGAAGACUUAG